UUUCGAAUUCAGAACGAACAUUCACCUGUCAAUGUUUCACCUGUCAACUUGUCAAACGCAUGUAGCCAGUCGCCCGGACGGUUUUUGAAAUAAUUUGUAAAAUAAUAUUAUUUUGUUACCAACGGAAUUAUGUUCCGUGCUUCUACUGGAGUUAUUAGGGAUACUCUGUGCAGACGUGAAACGAGAAUUGUCAAGAGUGUUGCGGUCCCAACUACAGAUUACAUAUGGAGAUAUGACCUAACACGCACGUUUCGUUUCAAUGUACCUGACAAGAAGAAAUGUGACAAAUCAGUGCAACCAGCCAACCAGAGCGAGACCAGGAAGAUCCCUCCAAUAUUCCCACACGUGGGCAAAGCCUACAAGCUGGAAGAAGUCAGGAGAUACUCCCCCUUCCAUUUCCCUGGUCAGUCUAAGCUCGAAUGGGUUAUAGCCCGGGCAGAUGACAUCCUCAACUGGGGGCGCAGGAAUUCUUUAUGGCCGAUAACUUUUGGGCUCGCAUGCUGUGCGCUGGAGAUGAUGCACUAUGCUGGACCCAGAUACGACAUGGAUCGUUUCGGUAUGGUGUUCCGGGGCACACCACGGCAGACAGACGUGGUUAUCAUCGCUGGUACUGUCACUAACAAGAUGGCUCCCAUUUUACGUAAAACGUACGAUUUGAUGCCGGAUCCUAAGUGGGUAGUGUCAAUGGGUACUUGUGCCAAUGGGGGUGGCUAUUACUAUUACACAUAUUCCACUUGCCGCGGAGCAGAUAGAAUUAUACCGGUCGAUAUAUACGUGCCAGGCUGUCCACCGACGGCUGAAGCCCUCCUGUAUGCCACGCUUUUACUGCAGAAAAAAGUAAAGCGUAUGAGAGUCUGUCAGGUUUGGUACCGGCAUUAGUGUAUUGCCGUUUUUAUCGAUAUAAAAACAUAUUUUGUUAUAGGAAAUUUAUUUCAUUUAAUGAAUUAUGAUACUGAAU